AUGACAUUAAAAGAUUUUGAAUGUCAAUCAAGUGUUCUUCUUGGAGAAUGUAUAAAUCUUCUUGUCCCAUUCUUUUUCUCAUUUAUUCAUUCUUCUAAUCCAAAUGAUACUGAACGUAUUCUUGAAAUUUGUCGUGAAAUCACCUCAUGUCGUACUACAAUCAAUGAACUCGAAACAAAAAUUGUUAGUUAUUUACUUAAAUUUCUAUAUGAACAAUUACAUCAAUAUAAAAUUAAUCAAUUAAAACAACUACGAGCAAAUGAUCAAUUUAUACAAAAAUUAUUUAAUUAUUUAUCUGCACAUGUUAAUCAACCAAGUGAUGAACAUAUAUUAACACAAGUUAAAUAUGAAUAUGGCCAACAACAAAAAAUUAUUCAGAACAGUCAUAAUACUUCAUUUCUACCAAAUAAUAAACAUUAA